AUGGCUAAAUUCUGGUGGGGACAGAGGGAGGAUGAAAAGAAAAUUCAUUGGAUAAAAUGGUGUAGAAUGACAGACAUCAAAGCUGAAGGGGGUCUGGGAUUUCGAGACUUGCAGGAUUUCAACUUAGCAUUAUUGGGGAAGCAGCUAUGGAGAAUUUUGAUGCAGCCUAAUUUGCUGAUGAGCAGAGUUAUGAAAGCAAGGUACUUUGGUAGGAAAUCUAUUUGGAAUAUACAACCAAAAGGCUCAGAUUCUUGGUGUUGGAAAAGUUUAUUGAGUGCCAGAGAAGUGUUGGAGGAAGGACUAAGAAGGAGAGUGGGAGAUGGGGAAUCUAUUAAAAUCUGGGAAGAUAGGUGGCUGCCAGGAAUAGAGGAUGGGAAGAUAAGAUCUCAGAGGAAGGAUGAUAGCAAGAUCCAGAGGGUUAGUGAAUUGAUCAGGGAUGGCAAGUGGGAUAGAGAGCUGUUGAGGCAGGAAUUUGAGGAGAAGGAUAGGUUGCAAAUACUAAAGAUACCACUGAGCUUGGGGAAGGUAAUGGAUAGGUUCUAUUGGGCAAGAUCAAGUUCUGGUGUAUAUUCAGUUAAGACUGGUUAUCAACUAAUCAAGGAAAUGAAGAGAAGAUAG